GAAUGGCGUGUGAGAGUUUAUUAGUAAAAUCGAAGUAACAGAGAGCGUUUUAACUUGGAAAUUCUUGCUGAAAGCAUACGGCGCGACAACGAGUAAAAAACUAGCUGGCCGUAGUACGGUGGAAUACGGCUAAGCGGCUUAGAUCUUCAUUUUCACUGGAUGCGGUCGUACGCCAACCGUAGCCGCCAGUUGCUUGUUAGAAUUCAGCUCAACCGGUUUGACUGUGAAGCUACUCGAUUGCGGCCAGAUUGCCAAACGAAAUUCAAACUAGUGAAUUGACCGCGCGUCGCAUAGAGCGGAAGGAAUGGAUAACUGUGACACUAGGGUUUCGGAACCGCUGUACGCCCAGGAUGCCGAGUUAGCGGAUGGUGGGGCGUUCGCCAAGAAGCGGGAACAUCCGAAAUGGGUCCGAGUGAUCGUUGUUUGCAUUUAUUUAUUCACGGUAUCGUUUGCGGCUCUACUUUUAUCGUUCUACUACAUCUUCUUUUGGCAACCAAAAAUCGAACAGUUUCACGACGAUAGCCCAGAAAGACUAACGGCUAACUGUGAUCAAGGCAACUAGUGGAAAACAAUCAAAUCGACAAUCAAACUACUAUCGCACCGAAUAUAUUUAUCAAACCAAAUAGCCAACUGUGUUCUACUGCAAUUGCAGUGGAUGGCGAGUGGAAAAACUUUCCCGGAAGGUAGCGACCACUUGGAAAAUUAGAGAAUUUUCAAGGCACUUCGCGCUCAAUCUCGCUUUCUCUCUCGCCCCGGCUCUGGGAAGUUUGUCGGUGACCCAUAGAACAGCCACAGAUCCUUAGCGGAACGACUGCGAACGGGUGAAGAAGAAGCAUUUUUCACGAUUCAUAUAUGCUGAAGUAAAUUAUUGCUUUUGACAGUGAGUAAUAGCAAAGUAAAGUGCAUCGAACUAAAAACAUAUGAUAAACGUGUCAUCGGUCCAUCGGGCGUUCACCUAACGGAGUUGGUACGUUGCAAUCCGAUGCAAUACACCGGUGAGUUUCAUAUGAGGACACCAUGAGCUACACGGCGGAAGAGAAAAUAAAACUAGCUGGAGAGGACUCGAAGGAUCGUCUGUACGAAGUGAAGCAGAACCAGAAAGCAAUCCGUAUUCUAACGGUCGCAGCUUACGUGCUGUGUGUAUCGCUAGUGGCCAUCAUGCUAUCGCUGUACUAUAUCUUCUUCUGGGAUCCCAGUACGAAUCCGAUGCAGCAAAAAACACAAACUAUCGACACCCUUAUCAUUCCGGAACACUUGGCUAUCCGAUUGGCUAACCGCAGCGAGAUUCCUGCCAAUCGAUUUUUCCAUAGCUUUUACCAGAGCCUCGUCCAGGAUCGUCUAGUCAAGAUCAGGAAGGAGGUACAAAUUACGGAAUCGGGCAACCUGACCAAGCUUAUUGAGCUCUACCACCAGGAACAAGAUCGGCAUCGCACAGACAGAAUGGUGGCGGCACGCAAACGGCAGCUUAAAGCGGCACUCUCGCAAUCUGAAUCGAUGGGAAGUUUCAAGCAGCAGGAGAUAUUAGCCACCAUCGCUGACCAAGAUCAGAGUGCAAUAAUGGAUGAAGAUGACGCUGGAGAUGAUUAUGAGCAGAGUGGCAACGAGCUUUAUUCCAACCAUACCACAAUUCAGCUGGAUGGUGACGAGUCGGAACAGUAACUAGCAACAGUUACAGCGUUACAAAUAGAACUUAUAUUGGGCUGCACUCGAACACAUGCAGGAAAGUUAAACAGGGAUCGCACGCACGAUUUACAUGACAAAUGUGCACGUAAUUUCUUUGAAUGGCAUCCACCAUUGCACAUGCUCGCCUCUUUUACGAAUGUGAGGUAUACGCGCGAAACGAAAAAAUGUUUUUUGUAAAAUGUUUGUAAACUUGUUAUGUUAUAGUCUGAGUGCCCGUUUUUCGUAAGUUCUUUAACAGUAAUAAAUAUUUAAUAAAACAGAACUUUAACGCUCUCAUAGCGUGGUCGAUUUGAGUCGUUGGAGCAUGAACAAAUUAUAAAUUCUACCAUCAAGUUCUACACAAGUAUCGUUCUCAGCCUUUAAAAUCAGCAUAGCUUGCCGAUCUGGAAACACAAAUCUGUUAACAAACAUUUUGUGACAGACCCAUCAUCGUAAAAAUAAAAAUAUUCGUGAUAUAGUGAACUAUGCAAUAGUUGCCAUUAGUAGAAACUCUGGUUUUGUAAUUUCCGGAGCACCCGUAUACAGAUUGUCGGAGGGCAAUCGAGGGUGAAUUUGUUAUUGGUUAAUAAACAUAAAGUUUGACCU